AUGCGCGUGUCUGGGCGUAGUUUUGGGGCUCCUUUCCAUGCUCCCCUAGGUUCGCGUACCCUGAGUUCGCUCCUGCUAGCGGCGGACUAUGCUGUGCGUGGACGGUUCUAUCUCGCCUUCCGGCGCUUUCCCCGCAUCCUCCGUAUCGACCGGCGCCCUGCCGAGGAUAAGAGCCAAGACACCUACCCGCUUCCUCUGGCCCCACUUUCAACCUACGUUUAUAUGCUGACGGUCACGUUGAGAUCCUGCUUUGAUGCGCUGCCGGCUCACAACGACGGGUACAAGAUCACGUUCAGCGCUCCCCGCUCCCAUGCGAUCUACACAUACGCUCGUAACUGGAUAUGCCGUUUUCCCAGUCUUGGCAUCCGUGUACGGCCAGACGGACGAGGACGGGCGCCUCAUCUCCUGCCCACCGACGAUGCUUCUCCAGAUAGCCCGGCCCUUGUCCCUUCAUCUCUGGCAAUCGCGUGGGACAUCGCCUUUGCGCGCUCGAAUAUGCAUGCCGCUGGAGGAUCGCUAUCCGGGCGCAUGGCGUGGGCGGCGCACCAGGAGGUCGGCGGACGAGAUGAACGCGCCUCCCAUGACGACCCGCUCUCCCGAUUCGAGUACGGUGUUCCUCGGGAGAAGACGCGUCCGGGGCCCGUGUUCACGUCCCUUUGCUUCCCUCCUUCCAGCACAUUCGUCUCUCCGUGUUUGGGAAUAGGGAACGAUCUGUACGAGGAGUAUUCAGGAACGGACAGUGUUGUUCUUCUCGUUUGA